UUCCAAGCCGACUCACUUUUUAAUCCAUGUCAUCAGUUUGCUGAUCUAGUUAUCCAAGGAGAAAUAUGCUCUAGUGCUGAUUCCGUAAAGUCGGCUCGCAGUGCUUAUCAAGCUUUGUCAUUCGACCAACGCCAAUUUACUAUGCAUCUCAUCCUUAAUGCCUGUCCGCUUCGUUCCAAUAUUGAAAAGUUGGCUAGUGGCUGCAAUGGCACUGGUGAAGCUGCAUCUACUUCGGCUGAAGAUGCAGUGAAGAUCUUGGAAGCUCUUGAGCAGGCAAUUCAUCCCUCUGUUGAAAACAAUGCAGAACUGCGAUUUCUGUACGUUGCUAUUUCUUUCCGUUUGAUAUCUACUUCAUUUUAA